AUGUCCGGCUGCAGGACGAGCAUGGUGUCGAUCCUGAACAAUGAUGAUAACCCAUCGUUUGCCGUCCGCUCUGCACCACGACUCUGUCGGAACCACUCUUCUCCGUCAUUCUCUCCGCCACAGUCCGAGCCGCUGCCCCCGCUUGUCAGCGACCCUUCAUACGCCCGUCCCCAUGCAGCGUCUGAGUCGCCUGGCGCCUCUCCGCGAGGGACCCGCCAUUUCUUCAACCCGGUGGCCGAGGCCGUGCAGCCCACAUCGCCAGGCUCAUCGGACGGCUCCGCGUAUGACUAUAUCUCCAGCCAAUCGUCAUCUGGCUACCACCCGUACGCCCGGCAGGAUCCGCGACGGGAUCCGUACCGGUAUCCAUCGCGCGGUCCGGCAGCACCGCGCACACCACCUGAGACGCAGGCCAACAUUGCCUCAGAUGCCCAGUCGCAACCAAAGCGCAAGAACAAGUACCCAUGUCCCUAUGCCGCCAGCCACGACUGUUCGGCCACCUUCACGACCUCGGGCCAUGCUGCUCGCCACGGCAAAAAGCACACCGGCGAAAAGAGUGUGCACUGUCCGAUCUGCAACAAGGCGUUCACCCGCAAGGACAACAUGAAGCAGCAUAUCCGGACCCACCGCACCCACUCAGACGACCUGCGGUCGACGUCUGAGACCGAGACCGAGGGCCGCUGGGUGUCCCGGGCUGAUUCGACCUAUCUCUCUUCCUCGCACCACCGCACGCCCAGUCAAUCGACUGAGUCGAGCGUCCAGGCUCCAUCCAGCAGCGGUCCGCAUCCUCUGUGA